GCAAACCGUCACCAUUGCUCCCGCCGUGGCAGUAAGCGUCGCACGUGCGGCAGACUUAAAAACUGUCUGGUUUAUCUUUUUAAUUUUUUUUUUGUAAAAGGUCUUAAUUUUCAUUUUGUAAGGCCAGUGUUUUAUUUUUUAAAAAUGAAGAGGUUUCAAGCUUUACUAGUUUUUGCGGCAGUGAUAACAACGGGAACGUCGAACACAAGUAUGUUCGGCGAACGCUGCUCGCGGCAGGACCCCGAAGUCGACGAAUGUCUCCUGCGCAGCUUCAACUCUUUAGUGGAAUAUCUUAAAGGCGGAGCGCCACAACUUGGAAUUGAAGAGUCGGACAGCAUUGUUAUCGACGAGCUGUCUAUCGCGCUGGGCGGCGGGCCGGACGGCUACCGCGCAACAUUUAAAGACAUCCACGCCAGCGGCGUUAACAACAUGACCAUAACCAACGUCAGAUCGGACCUGGACACACAUCAGUUCCAGCUGACACUGUACGGACCUCACAUCAGCGCGCGCGCUCGCUAUCGCUCCUCAGGAGUUUUGUUGCUGGUGCGUGCAUCAGGAGGGGGUGACUACUGGGGUGAAUACGACGGUGUGAAGGCGAAAGUGUACUUCCGCGGAACGCCAUACACAAGAAACAAGCGCACUUACCUUAAGCUGCAGCAACUCAAGUUGGACUUCUCCGUCAGGGACAUACAGAUGGGCGUCGAAAACUUGCAGAACAGUAACGCAGUGCUACAAGCAGCAUUAAAUCUGUUCAUCAACACAAACGCACAAGAGCUACUCAAGGAGAUGAAGCCGGAGCUGAGGCGCGACCUGGCGGCCAAGAUGUCGCACUUCCUCGAACGCAUCCUCGAUCAGAUCCCCUACGACGACUGGGUCAAAGACUAAAUCUAAACACUAUUGGAAUGAAUUAUUUGUAUAUUCCAUUACAUAGAGAAUAAUAACAAAGACAUGAAUAAAAAAAUCUAGUAGUAAAUAAAGUCUAUAUGACCCAGGGAUAGUGUAGUGUAGCUUUCCAACAGAGAAAGAAUUUUACAAAUCGGUUGAGUAGUUUCGGAGCCUAUACAAUGCAAACAUAUCUUUCCUCUUUACAAUAUUAGUAUAGAUAAUUAUUUUGCUUUGACCCAGUGUACAAAUAUAUUUAAAAAUUAAAUAUAUUUCAAUAUAAGCUUAUUUCUUAACGUAGACAAGUUGUGGUAACUUGUAAGUAAUUUAUUUUUACAAACUCGAUUAGGUACAUAAGUUUGAUUUUAGGCGAUUUAUAUGUAUCGAUUAAUUGUCGACAAUAUAACAUCAAUAAAUCCUUAAUUUUAAA